AUGUGGAUGCCUCCAAUGCAGAACCAAAGUUGGGUUUCUGAGUUUAUUCUGCUCGGCUUCUCCAGGGACUCCACAUCCAACAGGAUCCUCUUUGUUGCCUUCUUUCUCCUCUACCUGAGUGCAGUCCUGGGCAAUGGGCUCAUUGCCACCCUGAUCUGCCUGGACGUGCAUCUUCACACGCCCAUGUACUUCUUCCUCUGCAUUCUCUCCCUGUUGGACAUGAGCUAUGUCACCACCACUGUACCCCAGAUGUUAGUGCAUCUUCUUUCUCAGUCUCAGACCAUCUCUUUUGCUGGCUGUUGGCUACAAAUGUUUGUGUUUGGUGCCCUGGGCCUGACCGAGUGCAUUUUCUUUGUAGUCAUGGCUUAUGACCGAUACAUAGCCAUCUGCUACCCACUGCGUUAUACUGUCAUCCUCAACUGGAACCUGUGCACACGGUUGGCAGCUGGGAGCUGUGCCUGUGGUUUCUUCUUCUCUCUGAUCCAUACUUUUCUCACCAUGCAGCUGCCAUACUGUGGGCCCAAUAUGGUCAACCACUAUUUCUGCGAAGGGCCCUCAGUACGAAGCUUGGCCUGCAUGGAUACCCACCUCAUUGAGAUCAUGGAUCUGGCUAUCAGCGUGUUCAUGGUUUCUGUCCCACUCUUCCUCAUUGUGGCCUCCUACAUCCGUAUUGUCCAAUCCAUUCUCAAGAUCAAGUCCAUAAAGGGCCGUUGCAAGGCUUUCUCCACCUGUGCUUCCCAUCUGACUGUGGUUUCACUCUUCUAUGCUCCAGCCACCUACAUCUACAUGAGGCCCAACUCCAGCUAUUCCCCUGAUAAAGACAAGCAGAUCUCUCUCUUUUACAAUGUCUUCACGGCUCUGCUCAACCCUGUGGUCUAUAGCUUGAGGAACAAGGACAUCAAAGGGGCUUUUCUCAAAGUUAUGGGGUGGAGUAGAGGGACUAGUGAACUGGGAUUCAGGAGGGGCUUGGGGCAUAAUAUCCAUUGA